ACCUACUCGAAACACCUGGACGGCCCGGAUCCCCCGCCCGCGCCCGGUCACGGACGCCAAGACGCCAUCUCGUCUCGUCCAUUCCAACCCCUCCAAACCCAAACCCCCCAAUUCUGACCGCGCGAACCGCGACUCGCGCCACCACCAGACCAGACGACACGACACGCUGCGCCCCAAGUCAUAUACCGCCCGCCGCGACCUCGUCCAACAAACGCAACGCAAACACUCGCUCGAUCGCCACAUGCCGACGCCUCGUCCUCGCCACCGCCACCAUGCGCUCCCGCUCGCGCUCGCGCUCGCCGCGCCGCUGCUGCUGCUAGCCGCGGCGGACGGGCAGCCGAACGAGUCGAGGGACAAGAACAACGGCGGCGGGGGAGGUGGGUUCAUGGCGCCCAGCGGCGGAGGCGGCGGCAUGGGCUCUCAGUCGCCGAGCUUCAGCGCGCCCAUGGUGGUGCUCCUCGUGGCGCUCAUCGCGGCCUUCUUCUUCAUCGGGUUCUUCUCCAUCUAUAUCCGGCGGUGCGGCGGCGAGGCCUCCACGGGGCCGACCAUCCCGGCCGCGGCGCUGGCGGCGCUGUCGCGGCAGGAGCAGCGGAGCCGGCGGCAGCGCGGGCUCGACCCCGCCGUGGUCGAGUCGUUCCCCACCAUGAAGUACGCCGAGGCGAGGGAGCUCCGCGACGGCGGCAAGGACGCCGUGCUCGAGUGCGCCGUCUGCCUCAGCGAGUUCGACGACGACGAGGAGCUCCGGUUGCUGCCCAAGUGCAGCCACGCCUUCCACCCGGACUGCAUCGGGGAGUGGCUCGCCGGCCACGUCACCUGCCCUGUCUGUCGGUGCAACCUUGCGCCCGACGCGGCGGCGGCGGAAGCGAACGUCGUCUCCGGCGAGGUGGAUGGGGAGCAGCAGGAGGAGGAGGUGGUGGUGGCCAUCGACGUGGACCGCGAGGGCGAGGAGGAGGACGAGGAGAGGCGGAGGGAGGCGAUGGAGCUCGAGAGGAUCGGCAGCCAGCGCCGCGCGGUGCGGUCGAGGUCGGGGCGGCCGCUGCCGCUGCCGCGGUCGCACUCGACGGGCCACUCCCUCGCCACGACGCGGCUCGGCGACGCCGGCGACCUCGAGCGGUUCACGCUGCGCCUGCCGGAGCACGUGCGCAGGGAGAUGGUCGCCGCCGCCGGCGAGGAGAGCCUGCGCCGCACCGCCGUCCGGGAAGGCCGCGUCGGCGGCGGCGCCCGGAGCGCGCGGAUCGGGCGGUCCGACCGGUGGCCGUCGUUCAUCGCGAGGACCUUCUCCUCGAGGAUCCCGUUCUGGUCUGCGUCGAGGAGGGUACUCGACGCCGCGGAGGCCGGAGCUGACGCCGCCGCCACCACCACCACCACGACGCCAACGUCAACGGCGAGGACCAAGCGUGACAAGACGGCCGCCGCCGCAGAUGGCUCCGUGAGCUCAGCCAAGGGCAGCGUCCGCUUCGACUGUCUCGGCGGCGGCGGCGGCGGCGGCGGCCCGAGCAACAGAGUCGUCGCCUUCGCCAACGACGACGAGGAGGAUGACGACGAGAAGCCAAUCGCCCGGCAAGUUUGAGCUCGCGCCAUGCGCGGUGGCGGCGCCAGUGCAUGCAUCAUCUGAUCAGAAAACCAAUCCGCGGCGGCUUCUCGCAGCGAUCCGCCAUGGCUGGACCUUCGAUGAAUCAGCUCGUGCACGGACACAGAUCACUAGAAAAGAUCAUCAAUUUGAGUUGAAAAUACCACUCCUAAAUUAGUACUAGAUUGUUAAUUAUACAUUUUUCUCUCCAUUGCUUCUUUGGAUAGAGAAGUGGCGUGGAAACGUUCAAAGAUCCAAUUUUUCUUCCCCUCCGUUGAAAAACUGGAGCGGGGUUGUACUUGUACCGGCACUGUAUUCAAAUAUUCAUGUGAUUAUUCGUAUCCUUCAAACGAGCUUAGGUUGCUGGACUUAUCAAA